GCUUGACGGGAUAGAAUCCUGAUCCCAAUAAUGAUGGAAAGAACAUGCAUUUCCUUUCAACUAUCAGAGUAAAAGAAUUAUUCAACUGUGGAAUUUAAGAGUGACCAUUGACCUCUCCUUCCACCUUACACAUUAAUGUCAUAUCAUGCAUAUCAUAAUAUUAAUAUACUAGUAUGUAUCUUAGAUCUUAGAUUUUUAAUUCUUAAUAUCAUAUCUAUAAUACAAUUAAACUGCCAAUAUGAAUUUUUAUGAUCAAAAUUCAAACUCGUUUCCAAUUAAACUGCCAAUAAUCUCACUUCUUCUAUUCCAAUGUCUUUCCAAUUGUUCCCAAAAUACAACAAGUAUUGGUGUGAUCAUUGAUGUUAAUUCUGAAACAGGGAAACAACAGAUAAAAGCCAUGCAACUUGCAGCUCAAAGUUUCAAUAAUUAUCCCAACAAUCAUAACAUAAUACUUUUCUUCCGUGACUCUGCUAGAAACCCUUUACAAGCAGCUUCAGCUGCUGAAGAAUUAAUUACUAAGCUGAAAGUUAAAGUGAUUAUUGGCAUGGAAACAUGGCAAGAAGCAGCUCUUGUUGCAGACCUUGGAGCCAAAUUUCAAAUACCAACAAUUUCAUUUUCUGCUCCACCAUUAGUCUCUUCAUCAUUGAUGCAACUUCGUUGGCCUUACCUGAUUAAAAUGGCACAAAAUCAUUCUGCACAAAUGAACUUCAUAGCUGAUAUGAUCCAUGCUUUCAACUCAAAAAAAGUUAUAGCUAUAUAUGAAGACAACCCUUAUAGUAGUGAUUCUGGAAUGUUAACCCUCUUAUCCGAGGCGCUCCAAAAAGCUAACUCAAAGAUUGAGUAUCAAUUAGUUCUUCCACCAUUCAAUUUUUUAUCUGAUCCAAAAUGGUUUGUUCUUGACGAAUUGGUGAAGUUAUUGCCGUUAAAAUCUCGUGUUUUUAUUGUACUUCAAGCAUCGUUACCUAUGGUGAAUCAUUUGUUUAGAGAAGCUAAAAGAAUCGGAUUAUUGGAGAAAGAUUCAACUUGGAUAAUCAAUGAGGAGAUUACAAGCAUGUUGGACUAUAUAGAUAAAUCUAUUUUAUCUUCUAUGGAAGGUGUUUUAGGAAUCAAAACCAACUAUUCUACUAGCUCUAGGGCUUAUACUCAAUUGUGUGAAAAUUUCAAAGCUGAGAAUACAGAAAAAGUUGAGUCCAAACCAGGAUCAAAGGUUUUGCUAGCUUAUGAUAGCAUUACAAUUGUCACAAAGGCUUUAGAGAAAAUGAAUUCUAAAUCAAUUAGUUCAAAGAUGUUAUUGGAGGAAAUGGUAUCUUCCAAUUUCAAGGGCUUAAUUGGAGAUAUAAGAUUCAGAGAAAGACAACUAUCCUACACUCCAAUAUUUAGAGUCAUAAAAGUUGUUGGUAACGAUGAGAAAGUAACGGAAUUGGACUUUUGGACACCAAAGUUGAAGUUUGCUGAAUCUCUUAGUAAGAAAACAAGUGAUGGUACUACAGAAACUAGGACAUGGAAAGUACCUACAAUUACAAACCCUUUAAAAGUUGCAAUUCCUAUGUAUCCUAUAGUCGAUAAAUUUUUGGAAGUCUCUCAAAAUCAUUCUGCUACCGGUUUUUGUAUUGAUCUUUUCAAUGAGAUCCGAGAAAUUUUGAGUGACCAGUAUUCCGGUCUUCCAUAUAGAUUUUACACUUUCACUGAAUCUUAUGAUACUAUUAUACCUAAAGUCAUAGAUGAGACCUAUGAUGCUAUUGUAGGAGAUAUAACAAUACUUGCCGAGCGAUCAAGGAAUGUAUCAUUCACUCAACCAUAUACUGAGUCGGGCUUAUCACUCAUAUUUCCUGCAGAAAAUGAUGAUUCAGCAUGGUUGUUUAUGAAACCAUUUAGCUGGGAAAUGUGGUUUGCAACUGUUGUUAUCCUCAUCUACACAAUGUUUAUCAUUUGGUUGUUGGAACAUCACUUGAAUCCUAAAUCUGGUGGACCAUUGAAAAACCAGAUCAGCACCAUUACGUGGUUUACUUUUUCUUCUCUAUUUUUUGCUCACAGGGAGAAAAUAAACAGCAACUCAGCCAGAGUAGUAGUUGGAGUAUGGUUAUUUCUUGUGUUGGUUCUAACCUCAAGCUACACUGCAAAUCUUUCAUCAUUGCUUACUAUCCCAAAAUUGAGGUCUGAUAAAAACAUUGAAUGGCUUAAACAAAACAAUCUACCAAUUGGUUGUGCUAGCACCAGUGCUUUUCUAAAGGACUACUUGAUCCAAGUAUAUAAUAUACCUAGGCACCAAAUUGUCGAUGUUGAGGGUGAACGUGACUAUAUGGAUAAAUUCAAGAACAAAAAAAUUUCUGCUAUCUUUUCCGAGAGCCCAUAUGCGAAGCUUUUCUUGAACAAACACUGCAAAGAUUACACUGCAACUACAGCUGCCUAUAAAUUUGGAGGAAUGGGAUUUGUAUUUCAGAAAGGGGCUCCAAUAGCUAAGGACUUUUCUGUAGCAAUUUUAACACUAGGAGAAAAUGGAAAACUAAAAGAUUUGGAAGAUAAAUGGUUAACACCGCCAAAUGAAUGCUCAAACAACUCAGCGUCUCAAGAAACUGAGAGUCUGACUCUUGACAAAUUUUGGGGACUCUAUUUUAUAUGUGCUGCCACUUCCACCAUCUGCCUAUUACUAGCUUUAUUGAAGAAGUACUUCCAUAAACAUAAAAACUAUGAAGAGGAAACUCAACCCCCUCAGAAAAAUUGUUUUGUGUGCCUUAAAAUUUUACCAAGCAACUGUUUUUUUUUUGACACACCAAGCAACUGUUUGAAAGUCAGGAAUUGGGUAUGCCACUGCAGCGAGGUGCACAGCAGUGGCCGCAAGGCUGGUUGGGAAGUGGAAUUUCAAGGCAUUGCUCACUGACUUGUCCGUGAGGCGGAUGCCCGAGUGUAAAUUUGGGGCCCAAGGCGUCUAGUGAAGCGCAUGGCAGAUGCCUCGAUCCCUGUGCCAUACAUAUAUAAGCAAUUUUCCGUCAUUUUUGCAAGGAGAGCUUAAUUCUAUAGAGAGAUAGAGUAGAGUAUGGCUCAUAGGUAGUGUCAAGUGGACAGAGACGAGCAAGCGGAGUGAGAGACAUGAGCUAGUCAGGAGAAAGGCAAGUGGAUGGGUGUUAUGGUGGAGGAGAUAGUCCUUGAAGAAAAAACGUACAUCAGAGAUUGUUCAUUGUCCUAAGGGGAAAAAAAGUUACCAGUUGCAAGUGGCAUGGGUACAAGAAAAACCAACAAUAGCAGAGAAAGACUGGGAAAAGUUUGAGACUUCAGUUGUGAAAGAUGAUAAUCCCACCUAGAGAAAUCAGUUACUUGUUGCACAAGCUAACUGAUUUCACAUGCUUAGUUUUGUUUGUUGUAACUAAUAACUGUUUUUAAUAAGUUGUUAGUCAGUUAGUUAGCUUUUGCUCUCAACAUUGUAUAUAAAAAAUUGGGUAUGCAUUGUAUGAGUUAGUUAGUGUGAAAUAAAAUUUCUCUGCUCAUAGGCUCAAUUAGCGCA